CUUCAAUUGAUUUAUCUCAGAUAGAGAAUCGAAAUGAGUACAGAUACAAUGCGCCCGCCUUCGUACAACGUAGCGCAUCUUCUGAGCGCCGUGCAGAGCGAGAUGACACGGGGGAGCGAGAAGGGUGACCCCAGCGAGAAGGGACUGAAAGUUACGCUGGAAGAUCGGGAUCUAUGGCGGAGAUUUAGUAAACUUACAAAUGAGAUGAUUGUCACUAAGACUGGAAGAAGGAUGUUCCCAGUGCUGUCUGCCUCAAUCUCCGGUCUAAACCCCAACGCCAUGUACUCCGUCCUGCUAGACUUCUCCCCGGCAGACGAGAAUCGUUGGAAGUACGUGAACGGUGAAUGGGUACCGGGAGGUAAGCCCGAUUCACCCCCUCCAAGUACGGCCUACAUCCACCCUGAUUCACCUAACUUCGGAGCGCACUGGAUGAAGCAAUGUGUAUCAUUCAGUAAAGUCAAACUCUCCAAUAAACUCAACGGAACUGGACAGAUCAUGUUGAACUCUCUUCAUAAGUACGAGCCUCGUAUCCAUGUCAUACGGGUUGGAGGACCUGAGAAGCAGCGUCUUCUAAGGAGCUUCGCCUUCCCAGAGACAAGGUUCAUUGCAGUUACGGCUUAUCAGAACGAAGACAUAACACAGCUUAAAAUCAAGUUCAACCCCUUCGCCAAGGCCUUCUUGGAUAUCAAAGAAAAGGGAGACCAUGAGCAAGAUGACUAUCACGAUUUACAGCAACCAAGAUAUCCACAACUGGGUAGUUGGUUUCUACCUAGCGCCGGGGGUCUGUGUUCGGCCCCGAAUCCCCAUCAGUUCGCCCCGUCUCUCAGCCUCCCUUCACCCGCUUCACAUAACUGUGCAAUGGAGAGGUAUGGCAGUCUACGGAGUCACCGUUCCACACCCUACCCACCACCACCCUAUGAACAAAAGUACUCACCUACAAGUGCAUAUGUUAGUGAAUCAUCAACGUCAUCCCUCCCACUUCUAUCAACUCCCGAGGCUUGGUCUCCCCUUGGUAACUCCGCCCAUCACAGCACAGCUACAUCAUGUUCCCAGUACGGCAGCGUAUGGCCAACUGCAACAACCUCAUCAGUCCCGCCCGCAUCAAGCUGCGCUGUGGCUUCCCCGGUUCAUACGUCACUACUUCGAGCAACGUACGCCAAUUACAAUCAACACAGCACUUCCUCGAUUACGGGGGUGCCACGCCCGUCAGCGGCGCUGUCUUCGUGUGGAGGAUACCAGAAUUACAAUCAUCUGUCUGAAGGGAACGGAGUUCCGAUUUCGACCGAGAAUGUGGGAGGCUACUCGUCCGUGUCAAAUCAGUUGUACCACGGCAAGGGUGGUUCGUGGAGCCCACUGACCCCACCCUCUCCGGGCUUGUAAAAACGUAGACAAAUCAAGAGCAAGUUCAAGUGCACACAUUAGUCGACUAUUGGCCAGCAACAGUGUGCAGUGACACACACUCACCCGACAACUCGUUUGGAAGCCCAUUCAACCAUAGGUGCCACGGUAUAUUCAACACUCCAUUCCUUGUUGCUAUAGUGUCACUGGUUCCCUUCUGUGCUUUACACAUGUUUGCAUGGAACAGGCU